AUGUCUCGCUAUCCCAGCCACCUCUCCCCCGACAUCACCCCUACGUCCACACCCGUCAAGUCGAAGUCGCAGCGAUCCCGCCAGCGCCGCGAGCCCUCCGGCGUGUUCUCCCUCUUCUCCCCACCGCAGGUCCAGCAGUUCCGCGAAGCAUUUUCCCUGAUAGACCACGACGGCAACGGCGUCGUGAGCGAGCAGGAUCUGAAGCACAUUUUCUCUAGCUUGGGGAUCACCCCGUCGAAGUCGAUGGUCGACGACCUCCUCGCUGAACGCCCUGGCGCGCGCCGAGGCAGCGCUCUCCACUCGCGUCUGCCCUCGCUGGAGGCCGACGCAGCGAGCGACCGGGGGAUCACCUUCCCCAUGUUUCUUACCAUGAUGGGCGAGCACCUGUACGAUUUCGACACCGAGACGGAGCUGUUGGAAGCAUUCGAGUGCUUCGACGAGGGCGAUACGGGCAUGGUGAAAUGCAAUGAGGUCAGGAGGUGGUUGGGCGACGUCGGGGAACGCAUGGACGAGAAAGAGAUUGACAAACUCCUGAAAGGACCAUUUACUGACCGACAAGGAAACUUUAACUAUCGCGAAUGGGUCAAGGUUCUCCGGAUAGACGCGGACGAUCAAGCGGAGGCUCAGCUAUAG